UAUCCUAGCUGUUUGUGCUUACCCAUUAUAUAUAAAGUGCUAGCCAUGCCCAUAACUAGCUAGUUUAUUUGGAGAAAAAAACAUUUAUUUUAGUAUUUAAAGUAGGAAUGGAUAGACCCACACAGAGGCAGUGGACGUCACUUUAAAGGUGACACCAUGCUCCUGAAGCCCGCAGCAGCUGAAGAUCAACGUGUUUGACCGAGAAGCCGCUGUGACCGCUGCCGUCAUGGGAACGACGAUGAGUGAGCCGUGCAUCUACGACAAACUGUCCGAGAGCAUCGACAUCCUCCGGCAGUCGGGAUACCGCUACGGCAUGUCGGAGAGGGAGAUCGAAAGGUUCAUCAAGCAGGUCCUGGAGACCAACGAGCCCAGGAGAGAGCCUCCGCAGUUCCCCAUCCUGAGAGCCACCAUAAAGUUUGUGGUGGCAGUGGGCUUCCUGCUGGUGGUGGUGCUGGCCUUCACGUACCCUCAGAGCGCCCCCCAGCUGGGGCUGGUCAACCUGGGCUGCUACAACUGGUCGUCCCCCCUCAGCCACGUCCGCCUGCUGUCCCUGCCCAUCGCCAAGAAGUACAACCUGCAAGGUUUCCAUGAGUGGUGGAGUGCCGGCUCUCUCCGGCAGAAUCUGGUCAACUGUUCGGGCUGUGCUCAGAUCUCCUCGGUGAUGGAGGUCCCAGAGAGCCUCAGGGGGACGGUGGCUCUGAGGCGGGGGCCGCAGCUCGUCCUGCUGAAGGGCGGGGAGUCCCUCAGCGUGCAGCGGCAGCAGCUGGAGGAGCUCUACCUGGCUCACUCCAACUCCAUGUCCAUCCUACUGGAGGAGGACGACGGUCUGCACAGCCACAACCAGGGCCUCCCCCAGGGGCCCGCCAACUUCACUCUGCUCUGGAGGUUCAGCUCGGGGACCAGGGAGAAGGUGCUGAGGUGGCUCUUCCCCAAGGCGGAGCUCUGCCCCCUGCUGGACAGCGCCGGGACCAUCGUGCAGCGCUGCCUGGUCACACACAGCACCAACUCCCAGAGCAAGGGGGUGGGGGUGUUUGGCUGGCUGGUGGUGGGGGAGGGUCUUCCCACAGUGCGAGUCCUGCCUGUCCAGCGCUGCCAGAAACACUGCAGCUCCUUCAACCUGUGGCUGAACCCUGGAGACAUGGUGUACGCUGACCCUCGGUACUGGCAGAUGGAGCUGUUCCCCGGCCGAGGCCAGAACAUCAUCUGUGACGGAUCAACGUUUUAACUUCAGGAGGAGCGACGUUCAGGAGGAGAGACGUUCAGGAGCAGCAUGGAGAGUUCAGGAUCGUGCAGAUCGGCCUUUCUGUGGCCCCGCCACACCGAUGCCUUAUUUCCCUCCGGCCUUUUUUUACUGACGCCCGUCCGCCCCAUAAUCCUCCCGGCGUCCUCAGAGAAACACUGCUCACAUGACUUGAGUUUGGGAAAAAGGGAUCCUCCUCCAGGAGGUCAGAGGAUGGACAAAUGACUUUAUGACUUUGUCCUCCCGAGUUUUAAACUCCCCAAUGUUCUGGAUGUGCCGUGCCAUAGCUUCAAGCAUAUAUUUAGAACUUCAAAUAAUUCAUCAAUCAUUGGGUGUCUCUCUUUCAGAAGGUGGUGGAAAGUGAUGAGAGCUUGGCAUUAACCUGACCUGAGCAUCACAGGGAAUCGUGGUAGGCCUGGAUGUAUGAGGACCCCUCUGAACAGAAAGCAGCUGACAUGAACACAGCAGACUGAAGGCAGGUUGAUCUGGAAAGCACAUUUCAGCAACAAGGCCAUUCAAAGUGCUUCAACAUAGAUAUCAAGGCAAAGUGCAAAUCUAAGAACAAAGACUACAUUGAGCGUGUGUAUCAGGGACGCUGCAGAUUACAUGGUGAAUGUUCUUCUUGCAUUUAAUCAAAUUAUUACAAACUAAGUUUAGGAGCACGUGGAGUUCAUUCAGUCAGUGAGCACUUACUUCUUUUGCAUUGCAUUCUGGGAACUUUCAGUGUCUACUCUAGACUUUCACUUCCUGCUGUGUUUCUGAUGCUCCCCCACAGCUCUUCAUCUGGUUCAUUCCUUGAUGUCAAAGGGACAGUUCACCCAAGUCGAGUCCUCUAGUAAACACAUGUCAGACUAUUGGAGCCUUUUCUGUUAAUGAGUACCACGUCGUUCUACAUGUAAAGAAGAAAUAAUAAUAGAUACAAAUAAGAGGAAGAUGUGAUUCUUCCUCUUAUUUGUAUCUAUUAUUUGCUUCUUGUGGACAACUUCCUGUUUUUUUGUCAUUUCUGUUUUCUACAGACUUAUAACAUUAGAGCCAAAAAGUGACGUUGCUAUGCUAUAACAAUGUAUUAAAAUAGAGAUUUUCAAAAGCAGUUUCAUAUUUACUCUAAUUUUUUAAAUGGCUAACUCGGCCAGCUGUAAAUUGCACUUUUUAUUUUUAUUUCAAUAACAGAUUAGUACAUGUUCCAGCUAAUUUGAAGUUUGGAGAUUAAACUUUAAGUGACAUUUUUGCUAGUUUUUUUUAGAUAUAUAUUUUUUAAUGACAUAAUAAAAGUUGCUAAAAAUUGAAAUUGCGAUUUGAAUUUCUAGCAAAUUGUCAAUCAAAGCCAGAAUAAAUGUUGUACAGUUUGAAUUGGGUUAAAAUAGGGUCCACAUCAGAAAUCUGUCUCCAUCAAAUGUUUCUGGAUUAUCCAGUAUUUCUUGGGGACACUUUUCCUAAAUAAGAAGUUGAUUUUGUAUUUUUUAAAACACAUUUUUAAUGCUGAAAUCUCAGAAACAUCUGGAGAGACUGGAGAGAAAAGGUAGUGAAUAUGUGUUUAAGAUUUGGGUGAAUUUACCCUUUAACGACUAGAUUUUACUUUAAUCUAAAACCUUUUUUGUUGUAUUCUUAUCCACGUUGUUUAUAAGGAUCAGAUAUUUUUAAUUCUGAAUGUACAGACAAAGCUGCUUCUCUAAUUUUGCUGUUAUUUAUUGUUAUGAUUGUAUGUACAUAUGUUUAAAACAAUAAUAUUUGAAUAGUAAUGUGUUGUAAUAUUGUUCGACUUUUAUCACCUGUGCUCACAGUUAACAUCAAAUCCUGUUCAACAGAUUUCCUGAAACCCGUGAAGCAGUGGACGGUGUGAUUCGUGCUUGAUCAGGGUUUCCAUAUCCUUAAAGUCUGAAUAAAAUCAUUUUGCCAAAGUUGA